CAUACAAAAUAUAUUUUCCUCCCUAAAUUGAGGAUGUGGAAGCUGACGAUAGCGGAAGGAGGUCCAGGGCUGUUCACAACAAACAACUUCAUUGGGCGGGAACACUGGGAAUUCGACCCUGAUGCCGGCACUCUCGAAGAACGUGCUGAAAUUGAAAGGGUUCGUGAAGAGUACCAGAAAAAUCGAUUUAAGAAGAAACAAAGUUCUGAUCUUUUGAUGAGGAUGCAGCUCAGAAAGGAGAAUGGAAAUGGGCCAAUUCCACCGCCAGUGAAAUUGCAAGAAACUGAAGAAAUAACGGAUGAAAUAGUGACAUCUACACUCAGAAGUGCACUAAGCUCCCUUUCAUCCCUUCAGGCACAUGAUGGCCACUGGCCAGCUGAAUUCGCUGGCUCCUUAUUUUUCAUUCCACCCUUGGUAAUGGCGUUGUACAUUACUGGGGACCUAAGUCGUAUUUUAUCAUUAAAUCACAGGAUCGAGAUUAUUCGAUACUUGUAUAAUCUUCAGAACGAAGAUGGAGGAUGGAGUUUCCAUUUAGCUGGUCACAGCACAAUGCUUUGCUCAGGUUUGAACUAUAUUGCCUUGAGGAUACUUGGAGAGGGGACUGAAGAUGGUGAAGAUAGGGCCAUGGCUAGAGCUCGAAAAUGGAUCCUUGAUCAUGGUGGUUUAGUGGGAUUGCCAUCAUGGGGAAAGCUUUGGGUCUCGGUACUAGGAGCAUAUGAAUGGUCGGGAUGUAAUCCAUUACCCCCAGAGUGCUGGCUUCUUCCUAAUUUCAUCCCCCUUAAUCCAGGUAAAAUGUCAUGCCACGCUCGCGUAGUUUACAUGCCAAUGUCUUAUUUAUAUGGAAGGAGGUUCGUGGGUCCAAUCACUGAGUUGGUUCAUUCACUAAGAAAAGAGUUAUACAACGAGCCUUACAAUCUAGUUAACUGGAAUAAAGCAAGGAAUACAAUUGCAAAGGAGGAUCUGCACUAUCCACAUCCUCUGAUACAAGAUUUGGCAUGGGGUUUUCUUCACCAUUUAACCGAACCUCUUCUAAAGCGUUGGCCCUUUUCAAUGUUGAGAGAGAAGGCACUAAAAGCUGCCAUUGGUCAUGUUCGUUAUGAGGACGAGAUGAACAGAUAUCUAUGCGUUGGAUGCGUUCAAAAGAUGUUGUGUAUGAUGGCCCGUUGGGUUGAAGAUCCAAAUUCGGAGGCAUACAAACUUCAUUUAGCCAGACUUCCAGACUACUAUUGGGUUGCAGAAGAUGGCUUGAAAAUUCAGAGCUUGGGCUGUCAGACAUGGGUUGCUGUUUUUGCUAUUCAAGCUAUUAUGGCUUGUGGUCUAAAUGAGGAGUACGGACAAGCCCUGCGUAAAGCGCACGAUUUUAUAAAGGCUUCACAGGUCCAGGAUGACCCUUCAGGGGACUUCAAAGCUAUGCACAGGCACAUGUCUAAAGGAUCAUGGACAUUCUCAAUGCCAGACUAUGGAUGGCAAGUCUCUGAUGUCACAGCAGAAGGGUUGAAGGUUUCACUCUUGUUAUCAAAAAUGUCCACCAACCUUGUUGGGGAAAAAAUGGAGAAUCAACGGUUUUAUGAUGCCGUCAAUGUCAUUCUUUCUCUACAAAGUGAAAAUGGUGGUUUCCCAGCAUGGGAGCCUCGGAGAGCAUCCCCAUGGAUGCAGAAGUUCAACCCCUCAGAGGUCUUUGAGGAUCCUAUCUUUGAGCGAGAGCAUGUAGAGUGCACUUCGUCAGCACUUCAAGCUCUUGCACUCUUCAGGAAACUCUAUCCCAAGCACCGAAGGACGGAGAUAGACAGUAGCAUUUCGAAGGCGACUCAAUACAUUCAAGAUGUGCAAGAAACUGAUGGAUCAUGGUAUGGAAAUUGGGGGAUUUGCUACACCUACGGUACAUGGUUUGCUGUAGCAGGAUUGGUUGCUUGUGGAAGAAACUACAAAAACUGUGCAGCAUUACGAAAAGCUUGUGAGUUUUUGAUAUCAAAGCAGUUACCAAAUGGUGGAUGGGGAGAGAGUUUCCUAUCAAGCCAUAACAAGGUGUGGACGAAUAUAGAAGGCAACCAAGAACAUGUUGUCCAAACUGCAUGGGCUAUGUUAACACUCAUUGACGCCGGACAGGCUGAGAUAGAUCCAACACCAAUUCAUCGUGGAGUAAGGGUAUUGAUCAAUUCCCAAACUAAAGAUGGUGACUUUCCUCAACAGGAAAUUAUAGGAGUGUUUCAUAGGUAUGGUGGACUAAACUACGCAGCAUUUAGAGACAUUUUCCCCUUAUGGGCUCUUGGGGAAUACCGAAACCGAGUUCUACUACCUGCAUAAUUGUUUAAGAAAGUUUAGCAGAUAGAGUAAUCUGAAAAAAUAAAUGCGACUUCGAUACUUGUAGAACGCUAUCUUUAUGAUGAUAUUUGUCUUCACUAGAGAUAGUUUGCUACCGGGUU